AUGAUCGCGCUGUGUAUAGUACUCGGACUGUUGGCCAUUUGUUUCUACUUCAAAUGGUCUUGCAGCUAUUGGCGCCGGCUUGGUAACGUCGAUGGACCUGCACCAUGGCCCGUCUUUGGAAAUGCGUUUGAGCAAACAAUCGGUGUUAAACAUUUUGGAGAGAUUUUCGGGGAAAUCUAUCGGUCAUACCCAACGGCAUCCUGGGUGGGAAUCUACGAACUGUUCAACCAGCCUGCCAUCCUCGUUCGGGAUUUGGAGUUGGUGAAAGAAGUAUUAGUGGGAAGCUUUCAGCACUUCAAUAAAAAUUUCUUCGAGAUAGAUGAAUCGACGGAUCCGCUCUUGUCGUUGAAUCCGUUCACCCAAUCCGGCGAUCGAUGGAAGGAACGACGUUCUCAAGUGAUGCCGGUCUUCACCCAAAUGAAGAUUCGCUCUUGCUUUCCUAUAAUAACUAAUGUGGCAGGAAAUUUCUUAGACUACAUCACAAAAACCCGCGAAAGCAAUCCUGACUUUGAAGCCAAGAAUAUUUGUGCCAAAUUCGCAAUAGAUUCUAUUGCCAGUUGUGCUUUCGGUAUCGAUGCCGAGUCGUUCACCAAUCCGCAUUCCGAGUUUCGUCGGGUGGGCUUCGAGUUGUUCCGACCGAGUUCAAUUCUGACUACGAUACGCAUGCUGCUGGUACUGUACGUCCCAAAGGUGGCUAUCCUACUACGAAUACCUUUCGUUCCCCACCACGUAGACCGCUGGUUUCGGAAACUGGUGAACGAAAUGAUCCGUCAGCGUAAGGAAGGCGAAGUUGAACGCCAGGACCUGUUUCAAGCCGUAUACGACACGCUCACACAGAACGGUACCGUAGAUGUGAAGAAUAAUGCAAUCGUUGGUCAUUCGUUGACGUUCUUGACCGAAGGCUUUGAGACAUCCAGCACAAUGAUGUGUUACUUUCUCUACGAGCUGGCCGCAAAUCAGAACAUCCAGGAUCGCGUGCUGCGUGAAAUCGAUUGCGUACUGAAAGAAUACAACGGUAGUUUAACCGAUGAAGCCGUUAACAAACUCCACUAUAUGGAUCGGGCAAUGUACGAAACGUUGCGACUACACUCCACGGUUUUUACAUUGAAGAAAGUAUGCACUAAAGAAUAUGAGCUGCCGCCCCAGUACGCGGAUAACCAAGGUAAGCGGAUGGUUUUAAAACCUGGAAUGUCGGCGAUUAUUCCAGUGCAUGCUGUCCAUCUGGACCCAGACAAUUUUCCCAACCCAUAUCGAUUCGAUCCGGAUCGGUUUUUGGACGAAAACCGCAAAGCACGCCAUCGAUAUGCGUUCCUGGGAUUCGGAGAGGGUCCUAGGAUAUGCUUGGGCAUGAGGUUCGGAAUGACUCAAAGUAAAAUCGGUAUGGCAACCCUGCUCAGUAAGUACAGGGUGGUUCAGUCGGACAGACAAGAGCUACCGUUGGGAAUAUCCCGACAGUCAUUUCUACUGGCUCCCAAUAACGGAAUAUGGGUUAAUUUUGUAAAACGACAUUUAUCGUAAGUUGAUAUUCAGAUCAUACUUCGGAAAAU